CGGCUGACACGCAGCGGAGCUGCGGAGUUUGUCGCUAUUUAUAAUAAAGUGCAGAGUAACCGGAGCAGAAGUACCCGUCUGGUCCACCACCCCGAGGAGCGCAACACGUGGUCUGCCCUGUGCCUUAUAAACCUGCGCUGAUCCCUGGCUUUUUGCGUGUUUUAUCUGCUGGCACCGGUCUCUUCCAGAGGACUGAGAGCUUGGGGGUAUCUUGCGCCAGCGGGGAAGGUGGAAAGCAGCUGGUGAAGGGGGGGGGGCAGAUCGGCUCCUCCCGGGGCACGGAGUUAAAUGCCUGUGCGUAACUGCGCUGCCUUCGCUUUUUGUCUGACAAGUCCCGUAUUUUCGGGGAGGUGAUGCGGCUCCGUGCCAGCUUAGGGUAGGGCUCUGACAGCACAAAGCAGAGUAAGGGGACGCCUGGCAGGGAGUGCGCUACUCCGAUGCGCCGGAGGUGUGCGCUGACCCGCAGGCUGUGUAAACCCCCAGGGCUGGCCGUAGCUCGCUCUCCAUCGGUUGUCUGCCUUUUCCGAGGAGACUUUCUGAACUACUGCUUGUUGUUUUUUUAAAAUUCUAUGUUUUUAAUAUUACUGGACGAGAGGAAUUGCAAUCAGCUGGAAUUUUUCUUCUGUUUGGAUAACGGAGUUUUGACAUUUCACUUUAAUGGCUUUCAGUUUUUAAUCUCAUUUCAGUUACAGAUUUAUUCAUUGCUACAAAACAGUAUAGAAAUGCUAAAUGUAUCUCAAGUUUAUCCAAAUAAUGUAAUUUAGAAUACGAUACUGUCAAAGUCGUGUGGGCUUUUUACGUAUUUGCGUGUAGAAAUAAUAUAUAUAGCCAUAAAUUAUCUAUGUUCGCUUUUUGCGCUCAGCGAUCGCAGUUGUUUUCCUCCAGACGGUGUUUCACGGUACUCCUUCUAAACAUGAACUGCUACCUUCUCAGUCUCUUGCUGACCCUGGAUCUGCUCACGGUGGCCCUCAGUCUGUCCACUUGUAGCACGCUGGACAUGGAUCAGUUCAUGAAGAAGCGCAUCGAGGCGAUCCGCGGCCAGAUCCUCAGCAAGCUGAAGCUGAGCAGCCCCCCGGAGCAGUAUCCUGAACCCGGGGAAGUGUCCCGGGACAUCAUCGCCAUCUACAACAGUACCAGAGACCUGCUGCAGGAGAAAGCCAACGAGAGGGCGGCGACGUGCGAGCGCCAGCGCAGCGACGAGGAGUAUUACGCCAAGGAGGUGCAUAAGAUCGACAUGCAGCCCUUCUUCCCUUCUGAAAAUGUCAUCUCUCCUACACACUACAGCCCGUAUUUCAGACACCUGAUCUUCGACGUGACUUCAAUGGAGAAGAACGCCUCCAACCUGGUGAAGGCUGAACUACGCCUCUUUAGGCUGCAGAACCCCAAGGCCCGUGUGCAGGAGCAGCGGAUUGAGCUCUACCAGAUUCUCGUCCACAAGGACCUGACAUCCCCUACACAGCGCUACAUCGACAGCAAGGUGGUGCAGACGCACGCCAAGGGCGAAUGGCUGUCUUUCGAUGUGACAGAGGCGGUCAGCGAGUGGCUGCUUCACAGAGACAGAAACAGUGGCUUCAAGAUCAGCCUGCACUGCCCGUGCUGCACAUUCGUCUCUUCAGUUAAUUUUAUAAACCCCAACAAAAGCGAGGAGCUGGAGGCCAGGUUUGCAGGUAUCGACGACAGCUUCCAGCACAGCGAUGACCAGAAGAGGCGCCGUCACACCGGGCUCAGUCCUCACCUGCUGCUGAUGCUGCUACCAUCCUACCGGCUGGAGUCACAGCACAAAGCCCACCGGCAGAAGCGUGCCCUGGAUGCGGCCUACUGCUCCAGGAACGUCCAGGAUAACUGCUGCUUGAGGUCACUCUAUAUCGAUUUCAAGAGGGAUCUGGGCUGGAAAUGGAUCCAUGAGCCUAAAGGUUACAACGCUAACUUCUGUGCCGGUGCGUGUCCUUACCUGUGGAGCGCUGACACACAGCACAGCAAGGUCUUGGGCCUAUAUAAUACCAUCAAUCCUGAGGCAUCAGCAUCACCGUGUUGUGUGUCCCAGGACCUGGAGCCCCUCACCAUUCUCUACUAUAUCGGCAAGACCCCCAAGAUUGAGCAGCUGUCCAACAUGAUUGUGAAGUCCUGCAAGUGCAGCUAGGAAUGGACACACACACACACACGCACAGUCAAACAGUCUCGGGACACUGAGUAUCAAGCAGCAAUACAAAUCGCAGAUGGUAGUCCCAUCAUGCACGUCAUCCACAUACCCAUCGGACGUAAACAUAUCUGGAGAUGAGUAAACACUGGAAGAGUAUUUAAGUGUCAAUAUGUGAAAUAAGUAGAAACAAUGAUGCGAGCUUAUCCGCCCCAUAUCGCCAGUUCCUAGUGUUACCAUUUUGCUUUUGAGUUUUUGUACUUUCACUUGUUUUUUUUUUUGAUGCUGUCCACAAUUUGUGCAGUUUCAUCUAGUUGUGCUGAUUUUUCCUUUAUAAAACCAGUGCGAUCGUGGCUGAAUGGGAAAGUGUCUUCUUUGCUAAUCAGUCUUUAUACGAAACACACACAUACACAGGAGACACAACCACACACAGGAGACACAACCACACGCAUGAGACACAACUACAUGCAAGAGACACAAACACACAGGAGACACACACA